CUGCUUUUUUAAUUGAGCUUCUAGUCCUACGUUAAAUCGCUGAGAAAGUGGGGGACGAAAUGGUGGAGAAAAGGAGGGGAUACGAUAACGCGUUGGAGUGCUCAAUUCGACCGAGAAAAGAAAGAUAGGGCAUGUGGUUAGUUGAGAACAGUUGGUACAGAGCUUCUUCGUCUACUAUUUCGUACGCCUUAUUAUUUACUUCAUCGAAAAAAUCCAAUCGCUCGGGUCAUUAUUCAUUUUCGACCAAAACCCCCUCCAUAUUCGACCAAAAGAAUUAGUGUCAAAGUGUCAAAAUGACGUGCGUCCUCGUUACGACAUUUCGUGGAGUGUUUGUUUGAUAAGUGACAGGUGGAAGAGAAAGAGAGAUAGAGCGAGAACACGGCGAGAACUGUCAUUUCUUACGAGAUUUUACUACGCGAGAAAAGUGUAAAAUUUUCUAUAGCAUCAUGUUUGCCAGUCUGAAGAACAAAAUACGCGAGGAAAUUGGAAGCGACGUGUCAACCGUAGUCCGAAAUGCCGGCACUGUUCGUGGGAUUAAUUCCAAAAAUCCAUUUCAGUUAGGUUCAACGAGCAGUAUUGGUGGAUCGCAAUUAUCAUUGGAUGAUUCGAGAGAGGAAAAUGCAGCAUCUCCAACAUUACCGAUACCCUUAAAGAGGGAAAAUAGUUUUGAACUGAAAUUGAGCGAUGGGACACAAUUAUCAGCCAAAGAUCUCAAGCGACUAGAAAAUCGUGAAGAUGAGUGGCGAAAACGUUUAGCAAAAAAAGAAGCGGAGCUUCUCAAGAAGUGUGAGAAAAAAGAUGAAGAAUGGAAAGUACGUUUGGCCGAGAAGGAAAAAGAGUGGAAAAAGUUGAUGGAGAAACAAGAAAAAGAGAAAGCCAAACUCGAAGAGGAAUGGGAAAAGGCGGAAGAUGCUAAUCGCAGCCUAGAACUUGCAUUGAAAAAUGCCGAAGAGUACAAAAAGAAGCUUUACACCUUUCAAGAAGAUGCUGAACAGCUGGAAGGAUUUCAGACCCAAGAGAUGGCGAAGAUCAAACAUCUCUUAUUGGCAAAGGAGCAAGAAGUUGAAGAAAAGUCUCAUCAUUUGAAAACGGCGUUAUCGGAAGUUGACAGCUUAAAAACAGAAGUGUCGCGUCUGAGACGUUACGAGGACGAAUUAAAUAGCGUUCAAGACGAGAUGGAGACAUUGCGUCACGCGACACAGCGAGAAAGAGCCCAAUUGUCGGGUGAGCUAGCGCAAACGAAGGAGCAAGUGCGUCAUUUAAUGGUGAAGGUAUUCGUGCUGGAGCAGAGAGUAUCCCUCGAGUCGAACGACCAGUCGAGCGUGGACGAGAGAAUAGCCGAUUUGAUGAGGGAGAGAACAUUAUUGGAGCGUAAAUUGGAGGAGGCGCAUCUUCAUUUGUCAGACAUAAAGACAAGUUGGUCAGGAAAAAUAUCGAGUUUGGAGACGCAGGUUGGGAGGUUGAGUAGACAAGCCGGCGAAGAGGGUCUCGAGAGACGACGAGUUGAGGAGGAGAAAAACGAAUUGGAGAAAAGAAUUAAAAAAUUGGAGGCCGAUAUUGAGGUGAACAAUGUUGUUAUGGCAACGAAAGACGCUAAACUUUUACGCAUGGCCGAGGACAUUGACGAGAUGGCGACGGAACUUAAAGAGCUCCGUGCCAGCGUCGAUGACGAGGUUGAAGAAUUUAAACGACAAAUUGAAUUAUCGUCGAAGGAAAUCAAGGAUCUGCAAAUGAAGCUCGAAGAAUCGACCUCCAAGGUGAUGGAAGCUACCAACGAAUUGGCGGAACUUCAAUCGAGCUUCGAUGCUGAGAAAAGGAAUAACGCCGCAUUGAAUCUCGAGGUCGAACAACUGCGACAGAGCUUCGAAAAGGAAAAAGAAAAUGGAGCUGCACUUCGAACUUCUUUGGAUCACGAGAAGUCCGAAAAAGAUUCUGCACUUUUGAGAAAUGCCCAAAUUUCUCAGGACUUCGAAUUAGCUAAACAAGAUAAUAUUCGACAACACGCUGAAAGCGUCGAAUUGCAAAACAAAAUUGACAAUCUCACAGACAUGCUGCGCAUACGCGAUAUCGAGAUUGAAAAAACUUCGAAAAAUAUCGAAGAGGCCAAAGCGAGAAUUGAUCAAUUGGAAAUAAUCGAACGUCAACAUAAAUCCAGCCAGGAAACCGAAACCGCGUUGAGAGAUAAUUUGCUCGCGAUGGAAGAACAACUCAAUGACAAAAGCAAAACGAUAAAGGUACUCCAACAAAGAUUAGGUGACAUGAAAAAGACGUUGCAACGUGAAUUGCGUGUGCCAUCAUCGUCAUUGGAUAGUGAUGCGGAGCCAACAGCAGCAAUACUCAACCCAAGUUCAUCGCAAACAGUUACUGCCAAGAGUACGAAUUCUCGAGAAGACGAUGUCAAUUUCAAAUAUCUUAAACACGUGCUCAUCAAGUUCCUAACCAGCAGAGAAUACGAGGCUCUUCAUUUGACACGCGCAGUAGCAACGUUGCUUCAUUUUUCCCCGGAGGAGGAGAGACUCCUCCAAGAGACACUGGAGUGGAAAAUGUCGUGGUUUGGCUCUCGACCAAAUUUGGGAAAUGGUCAAACAGCAAAGGCGAUACCACCGAGCUGAUAGUCCGCGAGGAUUUUCCAAAUUCGUGGCUAUAAGCACACACGCAGAAGAUACAAUUUUGUCGGAAGAGAAAAACGCAGUUUUUAGUACUACAAACCGAUUCCAUCGAACGAUGACUAUCGAAUCUCCAACGUGACUCGAAUAUAUCACGCCGCAAGAUCUCUAGAGUCUAUGAUAUCUCGUUUUUUGCGAAUUCCUCAGGCCGCGAACGAAAAAAACAGAAUAACGUUAAAGUGCAAUUUUUUCUUUCUUUUUUUCCUAUUUUUUUUAUUUCAAUAAACAGACGGUUGAGGAAGUGUGGCGUCCGACUGCACGCUUUAUACAUUCGAAAUUUGUGUCGUAUUCCGAGGCAGGACGAGGAGAGAGAGAGAGAGAAAGAGAGAGAGAGAGAGAAAGAGAGAGAGAGAGAGAGAGAUUUUAUCACAAUUGCUCACUGAUUUGUGAAGAACGAAAUGCCGCAAUGACGUUAAAAUUAAAUUUGAUUGAACUAAUAACGAUGGUAAUAACGAUAAUAACAAUAACAAUAACAAUAAUAAUAAUAAUAAUAAUAGUUGAAAUGACGCGUUGAAAAAAAUGUGUUGAAACUGUGUUUAUUUACAUCCAACGAAAUCUUGAACAAACCACUCAACAUUUUUUAAAAUAGAAUCUAGUCAACACACUAGAUCCUCGCAUACACGCGUUCAAUCGCACAAAGAGAUAGACGCGCACCCGGGCUUUGGUCUCUCAAAAUUAAAGAGAUCGUGACAAAUGAAA